UGAACUUUGACCUGUUGAGCUCUUGACUCACAAAUGAGAUUUGCGAUCGGAAACAAGCGAUUGAGGAAGACAUUUACCCAGUCAUAAUGUUUACAACAAUGCAGUCUGGUUCAGAUGUCAAAUCAUGACGUCAAAAAUAUCCCUUCAGUCAGAUACAGAGAUACAACUGAUUAACUCAACUACCUUUAGAAAUAAAAACAAACUCAAAUCACCUGAGCGGCUUCUUCACAAGCAACGACGAGAGUCCUCCUCCUCUACUUCUUCCUCGACAACAUCUUCUGGCAGUUCUGAGCAUUCAUUAUCUGGAGGAGAUGAACCGGACAGUUCCAUUCAACUUUGUGAGGUGUGCGACCUUGAUAGAACCUUGUUUAUUAUAGUAACCAUUCCACCUCCACGGAAACAUCGAGGAGAAUAUUAUCAUGUGGUCAGUCACGUGACAGAGGAAACUAGUGAAAUAAAGAGGUAUGAUAGAAUCAUUCGAAUUAACAGCAACGACGUCAAGAACACUGGUCCCCAAGCCUUGAGAGAUAUCCUCCAAACAGAGCUGAGUAGCCCGAAAAAGUGUGUCAAGUAUAGGAACAGGACGACACUGACUUUGUGGCGCUGGAGUAGAAAGGAUAUAUCAGAAAUUUGCGUACAGCUUAGCUUUAAGACUAAGAAACAAGUCCCAAAAGCGACAUUUUCUUAUCAGCCUACUAGAAAGCACGGGAAAUUAAGAAUGCACGGAAAAGUCAUUGACAAAUUAAUUCAAGUGGAAGCCAUAUCAGGGACCUAUGUACGAUUCCAACCACACACAGGAACCUUGAUAGGUGCAACGAUAAACAAGGACGACGACCUAAAGUAUUACUUGUUCAGCUUCCAGUUUUACUUCUGUACAGUGAAGUGGGCUAAACAAACAGUUACAAGAGAAGUGUGCACCAUUAGCUGUCGAGCAGACGACCAAGCUUAUGACGUAAUAGGGGACUUGGACAACAAAGAACUUAUUUUAAUGGCUCAACGACCGAUUUCAAUAGAAGACCCAGACGAGCGAUUUUUUAUUUUCUACGAAAUUGAAGAGACCGAGGACAAUGUGUUUGAACUUCUUUUGUAUGAAAAUCAAUGUGUGAAAUAUAGCGGUGCUGAAAAGCGUCUCAAAUUAGAAGAAUUAGGAAUGUCAAAAUCGAAGUCCAAGAGAUCAUUCAUUCGACCAGUGCCACAAUUUCGAUUUGAUUUACCACAAACAUUUCUGGAGCGAACACGGAAUUUCGGCAUGCGUCAUAAAUGUGGUCUAUGCUGCCUGUGUUCUCCGACAGAUGAAAACAUUCACGUGACUUAUCUUGAUGGUAUAGGGUCCUGUAAUGAAUUCAAACUAGAAAGUGAAGAUGACGUUAGAAGAUUGAUGGAGGAUGGGAAUGGUGAUGAAAUAGAUGCAUGCAUACAUGUAUCACACACACCUAUGGCGAUUGAUAUUUAGGACUUCUAUAAAAUCCUUUUUUAUCCUUUUCUACUUUGCCUCUGUAUACAAUGACAAGGAAUCGAAGUAACAAGUAAACGUAAAUCAAAUUGUUUAUUAAAUGCUUAAAUUUUCUAUUUCAAUAUUCAUACCAUAACACAAACAUAGGACAAAUCAAUAAAUAAAUUUACUUCCAUUCAUCAAUUUCUACAAACAGUAGUAAUGAUGAAUAAACACAUUCUUUAUAAACAUACAUAUUUUUUUUCCUUAGAAAAUACAUAGCAACUACACAUUGUUUUUAAUAAUUUUCUGAGA